AUGUUUGCUCCACUGAGUUGGCGCAACAUUCAUCCUAAAGACUCACCCCUUAACCGUCUUCUCCACGCCAGUCCAACGAUACUUUUUUAUGCUGACGCCCCACCGACAAUGUUAGCCGAUUUACUCCUCUGUCAGGUCGCGUUGGCUGAGACUCUCUCUGGACUGCCUAUCCUUAUUUCUUCAUCAGGAUCUAUUUUCUACCCACAAGCAUCAAUAACCCUGGACCCAAAGGUUCACUCUGGUAGUGACGACCUUGACUACUCUUUUACUAACCCGUCUAUUGACAAAUUACCGAAAAAUGAGUCCUCACCCUCGCUAGCGAAGCCCCAACUACAGGUGCCGCUCUCUAAUACUAAUGCUGUUCAGAUGGCAUGGGCUUUGUUGGCCCAGCACGUCUGUACACGAUUGACAAACUUGCUGGUGUCGGCUGAGCAACUUCGGCAGUUAUGUCGACAACGUAGUUUUAUGCAGCAGCAAGAACAAGCACUCAAGGUAGACAAGCCGUCAUCAAUUGGUCUCGAAUCAGGUGUAGCAACACAUCCUACCCCUAUGGAAGCUCAGCUCGUUGGCCCGCUGUCACCGAUCUGUUUGGAAGCCUUUACUCGAAAGUGGCAGAAUCGCUGCCUCCAAGUAAGUUUCCGAAGCAUUAUAUCAUCCUAG